UUUCGGCCAACGGGUCUCCUCUCGUGGAUCAUAGCUGGUGCCGGAUCGACCAGUGCAGUGCUUGGCCUGGAUCUGGCGGAGAAACCGGAUAAGGAGAAACGAAUUAACGAGGAACGAACAGUUUCGAGUGUCGAAGCAGGAUUCGAGGAUCCGGGAAGAAGUCUGGAGAAACACGUUUGAUACGAAGAGCAUUCGAGGUGUUGAAGAGUUGACGUGUUUGAAUUUGACGUGUCGAAUACGAGGGAUCUUAUCUAUAAGGAGUUGACAAUUUGGAGAAGUUUGUGAUGAAAGUUGUUUGAGGUGUUCGAACAGUUGUUGGGAUUUGAUCGUUGUGGAGUUUUAUCGAUAAAGGAGGCUGGCUGAUUUAUUCAUGUGAACGAUCGAGAGUUUUUUUUUUUUAGAUUUGGAAGUGAUUUGAACAUGUUUGAAGAAGUAUCGAUAGGUUUGAGCAGGGAAGAAUUCGCGAAGGAAGAGUAACAUCGGUGACACUGAUGGAUCCUUGCCUUUUACAUGCGUUGUUUAAUUCAAUUCUGUAUGUUUCGAACGUAAAUCACGAGAAAAGGAGAACAAUUUUCCUUUAACAACCUCUUAUAAACUGUCUGUCAUGAGUACUUGCCUCAAGGACAAGUUGAAGAAUCCCGUCAAGAAUCAAAUCUUGGACGAAACGUUCUCGAGAUUUCUCACGAAAAUUUACAAUGACUGUUAGAAAGAAAACGAUGUGUUAAUCAAACGAAACACAAUCAACGAUUCGACCAGUGUUUCUGAAUCUAAAGUAAAAGACAAAACUGUACAAAGCCUGAUGUUUUCAAAGUGUGACUGAUUGAAUGAUCGAUAUUCAGAAGAGGAGGGACAAAAGGCUGGUGCAAGUGUCGCAAAGGAGGGCGCAUACAGUAGAGAUCUUUGUUGUGUUCAGUGAUCGAGAAGGGACAACUGUUGUAAACGAAGUUUGAGAAGGCGCGAGGAGAGGAUCCACGCGGUUUUAGAUCGUGGAUCUUGCGAUCGGGUCGCAGGAGGAGAAAGGUUCAGGGGGUCGAAGGUGAUCCGCGAGAGUGCGGAGGAAAUCGAGAAAGUGUUGUUCAGCCACGAGUCCAGGAUUCUCACCCCCGGAGGCGGUACCAUUUCGCCCGGGGGCGCGGGGCCGCCCGCGAGCCCUUCUUCGGGACACUACCAUCCACCCACGCAUAGUCCACCUUUGGUCAAGAUUGGAUCGGUUCACACUCACCAGGCGAACAAUAACCACCACCACACGCACCAUCAACAGCAACAGCAGCAACAGCAACAGCAACAGCAGCAGCAGCAGCAGCAACAGCAGCAGCAGCAGCAGCAGCAGUCGAGCCAGCCGCAGGUGCCGGGGGCAGGAGGGGGUGGAGGGCCGGGGGGUGGGACGGUGGCCAGGCCUGGCGGCAUGUUCUGCUACCACUGCCCCCCGGGUCUUCCAACGCCACGGUUACCACCCACCCUCGAGUACCCAUUCGCCGCCACUCACCCCUAUACCAGUUACUCGGCUUAUCAUCCGGCUUUGCACGGAGUCGGGGAGGAUUCCUUCGUGAGGCGAAAGCAGAGGAGGAACAGAACCACGUUCACUCUUCAGCAACUGGAAGAAUUGGAGUCAGCGUUUGCGCAGACACAUUAUCCGGAUGUCUUCACGAGGGAGGAUCUGGCGAUGAAGAUUAACCUCACCGAGGCCAGGGUUCAGGUAUGGUUUCAAAAUCGUAGAGCGAAGUGGAGGAAAAGCGAACGUUUGAAGGAGGAACAGAGGAAAAGAGAGGGUAACGGAGGGGGUGGCGCGUUGGAAACGACAGGCCUCGCACCCCCAACGUCGUCAUCGGCAGGACCCAGUCCAACAGGACAUGAUCCUGAAGGAACGACAAGCAGCAGCGCCCCCGACGCGGAGGACGCCGGUCCAGAUGGAGCUGGGGGGUCGAGGAGCCCCAGCACCACUUCCGCCUCGGUCAGCCCGCGGCCCCAGCAGAGUCAGCCGUCCCUGGGUGGCGUCUCGACGCCACCUCCAACCCCCAUAAGGGCGCCACCGCCGCCACCUAGCACCGUGGGGGGUCUUGGCCCACCCGGCGAGAGCACACCGGGUUUGGCGGCGGGUUUCAGGCCGGUCGAGCCGCCCACGUCGCUCUUCUUCUCCCCGCACUUGGCGGCGCAAUUCUCGCCACCGUUGUUCGGCAACAAGGUGGUCAGCAGCGCGCCAACGUCCCUCACCUCGACGACGCCAUCCCUGUGGACAUCGAGCGAUCACCGGCCUGGAAGCUUGCAGGACAUGCUGUCCUGGUCGCCGGCCGGUUGGCCGGGUUCUCUGUGCGGCUGUUGCAAACCCGGGACCGGGGAUCUUCACAGGAACAGCAGCCUGGCCGAGUUGAGGAGGAAGGCCCAGGAACACUCGACCGCCUCCGCCCUUCUCGGGGGGUUGGCCGGUUUCCCGGGUGGUCUGCCGCUGCCCUUGCCCCUACCGUUGCUCCCACCUCUGCUGGGACUGUCCAGGAGGCCGGAACACCAUCAUCAUCAUUUGCCAAGCAUGGUUCACCAGAUACAACCGAGCACUAAGGAGGAUCCCUAGGAUCUUGUGCGCUCCUCGUCCGACGAGCUCGAUAUCGUCGCCCCUUGACAUCGGCCGCGUUUCUUGUCGGGGAUGAUGACGAGGUUGCGGUCAGGUCGUUGCACGAUUCUCGAGGUGGCGAGUUCACAGGUUUUUCCCAAGUUUCGAUGGAUCGCUGGAUCGCGUUUAUCCCUGUGCCUCUUGCUUCCCCUCUCAUUUCGUUGUUUAAGAAUGACAAUAUUAAGGAAACGGUUGGAUCUUUGAGGGAAUUCGUUGGAACGGUUUUGAAGGAUGGUGGUUUGAGGAUGGUAGGCUGUACGUGGAUGAGGUUUUAUUAAUUGGCGAAGGAUCGUUAGCGAUUUUGAGAAUAAUUUCUUCUUUCUCUUUUGAACCGAAGAACGAUACACUGGUUGGUAAGUUUUAAAAAGUUUUAUCCUUUUUUUUUUUUUUUUUGGAUUUGUUAAUUAAUUAUGUACAAUUAGAGAUGUUUAAAUUUAAUAUUAUAAAUCAUAUAAAAAUGAAAAUAGAUAAAUAGUAGUACAGGUUGUUACGAAGAGAAUGUAAAUUGAAAAUGCAAUAUUGAAAUGUGCCUCCCCUUUUGAUUAGAUUUUUUAAUAGAUUUGAAUAAUGAAAUUUAAAUAUGGAAGUUUGUGUAUUAUAUAUGUGUAUAUAUGUGUGUGUAUAUACGUAUUCGUAUUGUUAUUUUCAACGUAUCUUUUAAACUAUCACUUGUACGUGUCUCUAUUUUAACUUAACUUCUAAUUUUGAGAGUUUAAGAUUUUAUUUUUUUGUUGAAGGUAAAGGUCGUGGAAUAUUUUCUAACCGUGCCAGAAAUAUUGCAAUUCUUAAACGCUAUAACCAUUUUUUUAAAAAGAAAAAUCAUUCGGCUCAGUCACGAAUAAACUUUUUCUUUUUCAUUUUUUUAAUCGAAAGGGAAUCAUAGUUUUCCUUUCGAAAACUAUUUACCGUUCAAUUAAAAGUUAAAAUCAAAUAAUGAAACCAAUUUUGAGGAAUUAAUCUAUUUCCACUACGAUUCGCCAAUAAUAGCUCGAUGAAAGUACAAUAAAAGCUUUUAAAACUUUUUAUGCCUCGAAUCUUGUUCCGUUAUCGAAUAAAUAAAUAUAUAUAUAAAGAUACAAAUCCAAUGACACAAUAAAUCUAAAAUUUACGUCCAAAACGAUGAAAAAUCGAACUUGCACGUUUCAGGUUGAUUCUUUUUUAAACAAAAAUCAUCCUUUUAUCAACGUUAAAUUGAAAAAGAAUACUUUCCAAAUUUUUCUUCUCAUAGUCGAUCGAUAAAUGAAUCGACUCGUUAAUUUCGAACGUGUAAAAUUUCCAAAAUCUUUUCUCAUUUAACUCUUCCUUUUCUUUCCUUCCCCCCUCCUUCACGUGAAUGCAUAUUUGCCUUAACGAAAAACCAUGAAAGUCUAUCAAUUCAACGAAUAUCGAAGAAUAGAAUUCGAAUUCUGAAAUCUGUAAAUAAUUCACGGAACAAAAGAUUCGCAGUGGAUUGUUAUAUAAUACAAAUAAAGGUAUAAAAUGUGUACGAGAGAUCGAUCUACGUUAGAGAACUACAACUAUAAUAUCGCUUCUCUGGAUUUCACGAAAGGUUAAGCAUCACAAGGACCAACACGUGCCUGAUGCGCUCUAAUGCUCUAAUUUCCCGACAAGCGAAAUUGGAUGUUUUUAGGAACGUUCGUAUGUCCGGACAACGGCCAGAAUUUAGAUAAUUUUUAAUUUAUUUAUAUAGGCUCGAGGGUAAAACGGAUAUCCGUAUUUCUACGACCCGAUUCGGAUGAAAUUUUAAACAAGUAUUCGUUGACAAGGAUAAUUAAAAAGAUUUUAUAAUUUUCGUUUGAUGAAAUAAUUGCAAAAAAAAAUAAAUCGUCCCGUUCAUUUUAACGAAUCUAACGAUUUCGAUUCGUUAAAGUGAAGAAAAUAUAUAUAUAUAUAUAUAUAUAGAAUUAACGAAGAAAAGAACAAAGUAUUUUUAUCAUGGCUCAAAAAAGAAGGGGAAAAAGAAAUAUUUAUAGGCUACGAUCCAAUAGCAAUGUUCGAUACACGAGAUAAUUUAUAUUACGUGAUAGGAUAAUUUCUAUUAUCACCCUUAAAUCGAGUCUAUGACAAUUUUCUUGAAUUAUAUGAUUACUCUAUCGCAUUAUUCAAAUAAUACGGAUAUCCGUAUUAUCCGAGUAACACGGAUAUCCGCUUUACUCGCGCGGCACAAGCACGCGCCGGUUGAAAUAAUGUUUCUAUCACUGGACGAGGGAAAAGAAAAAAAAAAAAAAAAGAAAAGAAAAGAAAAGGAAGGAAAGGAAAAAUAAGAAUAGAGAGGUAACAAAUUACUGUCGCGUCGAAUAUUCGAAUAUGCGUGGAUUGCUCGUCACCCUGACGACAACGGACAUCCCUCUGAGAAGGGAUGCUCGUUAUUAUUACGGUAUUAAUUUUUCAGGGAAAAUUGCAAAAGAUUUUCCUAAUCCUUUUAGCAAAGGAUGGAAGAUAAAAAUCUUCAAUCUCGCUAAUUAUCGUUUGGAUUCGUAAAAGGGGAAUAAAGAUAUUGGAUCGAGGUAUAGAAGGAAUAACAAAGUGCGAUAACAAGGAUAAAAAUGGAGGGAAUAUGGUGUUAAAUCUUUGCUUUGUUACGAUUCGUUCGGGAGGAAAUAAUCGAACGAUGCGUAUAUAUUUAAUUCUUCUAAUUUCACGCGAUUUGUUUACAACAAUUUUUGAAUGCGAAUGAACAAAAAAAAAAAAAAAAAAUAAGGGUGUCGAGCAUCCUCAUUUAAGAAGAUAGACACGUUAAUCGACGAUUGAUCGUACAUGCCUUAAGAAAAAAAAAAAAAAAUAAUAAUAAUUUCCAACAGCGUGACAGUAUAAUUUUAGAGAAGCGAGGAGAGGUAAGCUGUACUGUACUGCACGAGUGUUAAUCAAUCGUAGAGAAGAGGAGGAAAACGAUAUAAAAUGUGAUUAUAAAUAGUAUCUCAACAAUCUCUACGAUUCGUGCUCGUGAUUGAUUAACGAUCGUUUCGUUUGCGUUGCGAUUUCGAAUUUGUCCUUAUGGAUUACGAAAGCGUGGUAUAACGAAUGAAAAAAAAAAAAAAAUGAAAAAAAGAAAAAAAAAAAAGACACGUAGAUACUAGUAGAGACCUGUAUAUUAAAUCCCGGUGAAUUGUCAGUGCUAAUCAAGGAUAAUCUAAUAAACAAUAUGUUACAAACUAGCAACUAUUAUGUAGCCUGAAAUGUGGGUAGUGAAUUAUUCGAAUAAACUUGUUCUCUCGUGAUAAAA